UGUCCCGUUCCAGCACUCUCGUAUCCCUGAUCGUCAACCCGUGUAUACCGACCUUCGCCUGUUCUCCGACCGACCCCGUAAGGCUGACUCCUUUGACACUUCUGCCUGCUUUGAUCGUCUGCCUGCCCGCUCACCUGCCCUCUUCGCCCAACGUCCCAACUACCGCUGCUGCACCUGACUGCCUGCCCGAUCCCCGACCAUUGAAUAAUAAACGUUUUUCCCAGAACUACCUUGCAUCUGCCUAGUCCUGCAUUUGGGUCCUACCUCCGUUCCGAUGGGUCGUGACAGAACGAUCUGGCCAAAACAGGAUCCAGCAGGAAAGACCCGGCGUCGCCCGGACCGACGCAAGGUAGAGCGACAGCCGGGUCCUCCGAUCCAAGCCUGUCCGAUCCGGGUAGGCACCAUGACAAAACACCCAAAGAAAAAGAAACUUUGGGCUAUUUAGAGAUUCUCCAUGGCUCUCACGAGAUUGCAAAACUCCAAGAAAGGAAGAGGUCCAGAGACCAUGUUGAAGCCUUCACUCAGUCUCUUCAGCCAUGCCCAGCAGCCUUUUCAACACAUGGACCCUUUGCACCAGCUGGGACCUCCACCGAUGGUGCCUACACAGUCUCUUGGCCCUCCUCCAGUUGGCCACACAACAACAAUUGGACCGCCAAAUGUACUUCCUGCCCAGACUCUGGUUCCCCCUCCUAUCACUGCUAGUCACAUGUUGAGGCCUCCUCCCAUUGCAACUGUACAUAGUUUGGGCCCAUCAAUGGUUCCAGCUCAGCCGCUCGGGCCUCCUGGUUUGCCACACACCUUGGGGCCUCCAUCUCUAAACCACUCACAAGCAAUGGUGCCUCCGUCCUUAGACCUCACACAACCACUGGGCCCUCCUCCUUUGAGCUGUGCGCACGCGUUGGUUCCCCCUGUGCCCACAGGAGCCAACAGAUUCCCCCUGCCACCUAGCCCCAGGUCUUCCCCUCUAAUCCCUAGUCCAGAAAUCUCAAAACUACCCCUAAGACUUGGACCUCCCCUCCUCUCAUCCCCAGUGUCCAGUCUUCUACCAGUUCCUCUUCAAGGUCAGGCAGCCACAGCCAGUGAGCAGCCUCAGGAAGAGGGCUCUCCUCUGGGCAGGGAGGAGGACACUCUUGCUCUGGAAGAACUUUGCAAACCAUUGUACUGUAAACUCUGCAAUGUUACUGUCAACUCAGCUCAGCAGGCACAGGCUCACUACCAGGGAAAGAACCACAAUAAAAAGUUGCGUAAUUUUCUAGCUGGCAGUCAGCAACCACCAGCCAUCAGGAUCCCUGAAGUCCUUGAGGUAGCUGGACAGACAAACCUCAUCUCAGGAUCCAACGACGGUGAUGCUACAAGCCAGGCUUUGUAUAAGGGGCCUACCAGGGUAAUUUUGGCCACAGAGAAUGACUAUUGCAAGAUGUGUGAUGCCUCCUUCAGCUCACUGUUAGUUGCUCAGGCUCACUACCAGGGAAAGAACCACGCAAAGAAACUACGGCUCGCUGAGGCUCAACACAGCACCCAUAACAUGGACUGUAGUAAUGAAGUAAACCAAAGAAGGAACAAGAAAGAUGGCAGUGACUACAGACUGGUGAAAAGUCGCCGUAGCCCUCAGUUUCCUACCUCCAUGCAAGGCCCAUACUACAACCCCAGACCAAGGCAGCGAAUUCCCAGGGAUUUAGCUAUGUGUGUGACCCCCAGCGGACAGUUCUACUGCUCCAUGUGCAACUGUGGUGCCGAACAAGAAACAGACUUCCGGCAGCAUCUGGAAAGCAAGCAACACAAAGCUAAAGUGUCAGAGUUGAGGUACCGCAACGAGAUGGAGAACUUGGGCUACAGCUAAGAGCGCAGGGAAAAGGAGUAGUGGCACAAAGAAGGAUUGAGGGAACCGGAUGAGACCAAAAUGAUGGAAAAUAUUUGUUCGGGGUAUUUUACUGAGCGAUUAAUGUCAAAAUGUAUUUGAAACGUAACACUGCAACUUUGUUAAAUCCACCAGACAAAUUAGAAAAAAAGUGAGCCUUUGUGGUAUGUAGGGAAAUUACACAUCUGCUCCACUUGUUUGUUCGUUUGUUUCGGUCCAACUCAGGAUGCAGUUUAAUCUAAAGAGGUCUUGUAGCUUCACUGCACCAAAUGUAGCAUGAUUGGUUGGAUCACAAAGAUAACAGGUGACAUAAGACACCAAACCAAUCGGGGUCGUUUUAUUUAUGAAUCGGAUCAAAUCCGAAGCACAACCAAAAUCAUGUGGCAGUAGAAUAAAACAUGAAAAAUAUCGUGUUACAUGAAUCUGUUAGAAUUUGCUGACCCCGAUGGGUCCUUUGUAUCAGGCUUAAGGCUUCACCAUGGCUGGCCUUGUUUGUGCCUUCAGUAAUAAGGAAACUGAGUUAUUAAAUAUAAGCUUUGUCUGACUAUUCUGGCAAUGUAGUUAGGUCAGAUUACUGAUGAUUUUUCUAUAUUCCCAUGUAUGUAAUUGCUUUGUAUAAUUUCAUCUUCAAAUAAAUUAUUACAUUGC